AUGGCGACGAAUACAGAUCGGAGAAGAAACAAUGCGCCGAGCGGCGGCACACAUGCGCCAGUGUUUUCUCGGACGCUCAGAGAGCCAGAAUACCUCCAGACAUUGAGGCCGACAAGAACAAGAGGGCCAAACGAGCUCCGCAGGAUCUUCCUACAAACUUCCAUCAUACCCUCCGCCUCAGGCUCUGCGUACCUCGAAAUACCUUCUCUGUCCCCGUCGUCAUCGUCGACACUUAUCCCACCUACAUCCUCUCUCAAGAUCACCGCUUCGAUCCAGGGACCCAAGCCAUUGCCCCGCAGCGCACCCUUCAGUCCCUCUCUGCUCCUCACAACUACAGUCAAGUUUGCGCCUUUUGCGACACGGCACAGACGAGGCUACAUACGCGAUAGCACGGAGCGUGACCUCGGCGUACACCUGGAGACAGCAUUAAGGGGUGUAAUAAUCGGCGAACGUUGGCCCAAGAGUGGGGUUGAGGUGGUAAUUACGAUUCUUGAGGAAGACGAGGAUGGCUGGUGGGGCGAUACUCAUGCCAGUGGGAGUGGCUGGGGUCUGUUGAAUGUUUUGGCGGGGUGUAUCACAGUCGCUAGCGCAGCGAUCACAGACGCUGGGAUUGACUGUGUGGACAUGGUGUGCGGAGGCGUCGCCGCUAUCGUCCGGAAUCCGGAUUCAAAGUUGGAGAAUGAUCUGCUGAGAGUACUGGAUCCUUGCCCAGCAGAGCACAAGCAGGUCAUCGCAGCAUGUGCAGUGGGAUACUUGGCUUCGAGAGACGAGGUUACAGAAAUCUGGAUGAAGGGAGAUAUUGGCCCCGAUCCAGAUGCUCUCAUCGAGGGUGCUACACAUGCUGCUGUCGGCAGUUUAGCGGUCGUGAAAGAGGUGCUCCUUGAAGCUGUACAGGCAAAGUUCCGAGAAGAAUCCGAAAGUGGCGAGGGAGCACUGAAGAGGAAGGCCCAAGAUGUGGAGAUGACAGGUUGA